AUGCUAUUUUGGAAUGACGAUGCCAACAAAGAAGUUUGUUCUAAAUGCAAGGAGUCGAGGUGGGUAUCGAAUAGAGGGAAAAAGGGGAAGAUUCCCCAAAAGGUAUUGCGAUACUUUCCUCUGACACCUCGGUUACAAAGACUAUUUAUGUCAAAGAAUAUAGCAAAAUCCAUGAAAUGGCAUAGAGAACAAAGAGUUGAUGACCAUAGUACUUUAAGACAUCCUACUGAUUCUAAAGAGUGGAGACAAUUUGAUAAAGACCACAGUUGGUUUGCAGAAGAUGCUCGCAAUGUCAGAUUGGGGCUAGCUAGUGAUGGGUUCAACCCGUUCAAUAAUAACAGUAAACCUUAUAGCAUAUGGCCUGUGAUACUCGUACCAUACAACUUGCCCCCUUGGUUAUGCAUGAAAGAUCCGUAUUUAAUACUCUCAUUGCUCAUUCCUGGUCCCAAAGCACCAGGAAACGACAUCGACGUUUAUUUACAGCCUUUAGUGAAUGAAUUAAAAGAUUUAUGGGCGAACGGCAUAGAUACCUAUGAUGCAUCAAAGUCUGAAAAUUUUCAGUUACAUGCUGCACUAUUGUGGACUAUUAAUGAUUUUCCUGCAUAUGCCAAUCUUUCGGGAUGGAGUACAAAAGGAAAGAUGGCUUGCCCAUUAUGUAAUGAAGAUACAGAUUCCAUGUGGUUGAAACAUGGGAGAAAACAUUGUUAUAUGGAUCAUCGUCGCUUCUUGCCAUCAACCCACACUUGGAGAAAGAAAAAAGCUGCAUUCAAUGGAAGUGAGGAUCAUCGCUUGCCACCUCUAGAGCUCAUGGGACAUGAUCUACUUCAUCAACUAGAGCAUGUUCGUAAUGUAGAAUUUGGCAAAGGCUCUCGAAAGAGAAAACGCAGACUAGAUGAAUUGAACUGGACUAAAAAAAGUAUAUUCUUCAAUUUACCUUAUUGGUCAAUGUUGUCGUUAAGACAUAAUCUUGAUGUCAUGCACAUUGAAAAAAACAUUUGCGACAAUGUCCUAGGAACAUUGAUGGGUAUUGAAGGAAAAACGAAAGACACUGCUAAUGCACGUAGGGACUUGAUGGAGCUUGGGUCAAGGAAGGAAUUACAUUUACAACCUUCAGCAAAUGGGUACCAAAUGAUGCUUGGCUCCUACACCCUAGAUUUAGCAGAGAGGAGACGUUUUUGUGAAUGGCUUGCAUCUGUUAAAUUUCCAGAUGGUUUUGCCUCGAACAUCUCCAGAUGUGUUUCAGUUGCUGAUGGAAAGAUAUCAGGAAUGAAAAGUCACGAUUGCCACGUGUUCAUGCAAAGAUUACUUCCAGUUGCAAUUAGUGGGUUUUUACCAUCCGAUAUACGUCUUGCAUUGACUGAGUUUAGUUCAUUUUUCAAGGCUUUGUGCUCACGGACGUUGACAUUAGAAAUAUUGAAGCGACUACAAUCCGACAUUGCAGUUAUCCUCUGCAAGCUUGAGAUGAUUUUCCCACCUGCUUUCUUUGAUAUCAUGGUACACCUCGCCAUUCAUUUACCUCGCGAGGCAUACCUUGCAGGGCCAGUUCAAUAUAGGUGGAUGUAUCCUUUUGAGAGAUAUUUGGGAAAAUUCAAGCGUUAUGUCAGAAAUAAGGCUCGUCCGGAAGGUUCAAUUGCUCAAGCAUAUGUUCAUGUUGAAUGCUUGACUUUUUGCUCAUUGUACAUCCAUGAUGUUGAGACCAUAUAUAACCGGGAGGAACGAAAUAGAGAUAUAGAUAAGGGUACAGAAUCUGACAAUUUGCCUAUUUUCUCACAAAAGGUACGCCCUUUGGGUUCGCCUACCUCCAAUCGAAUGGAUCAAACUCUCAUUGCAAAGGCAAGGUGGUACGUGCUUAAUAAUUGUCCAGAGAUUGGUCAGUACAUAGAUGAGCACUAUACGAAGAUUAAAGAAAUUUCCCUUGAUAAUGUAGAGCGUAGACAUGAAAUUGGCUUUCCAAGUUGGUUCCGUACACAUAUUCAAGAACUACGUGAAGCUAAUCCUGAUGACGUCUCUGAAUCCGUAUAUGCACUUGCUUGUGGACCAGAUCCAUGGGUUGCUUCAUAUUCUGCUUGCGUAAUGAAUGGUAUCAGAUUCCACACUGUGCUACGUGGACAAUAUCGCAAAACCCAGAAUAGUUGA